ACGCAUUUUGUCAUCGUCAACGUUGCAGGCAGCAAUUGGGAAAAACUUUGGACCAGGAAAAAAGCGGAUAAGAAAGUGAAAACAAAAGUGAAAAUUUAUGGCUAAAACUGACUUGGAUUAUUGCCAAAACUCAACUGUAUACAUGCAUGCAUAUGUGUGUGUGUGUGUGUGUGAGUGUCUGUGAGUGUUUCUGAGUGUUUGUGAGUGUCUCGUUGCAGUUUUGAGGCAAAGUGAAAUUCUAUUUUGGUGCCAUUGAAGAGUUUGUUGUUGUUGCCACACGGACACAUUGUUGUAGCUGGCAUUGGAUACUGCAACUUGUGAGCGGCUUAAAGACGCAACAAAAACAAGAAAUAUCUAAAAAUAAAAACAACAACAUGUUAAAUGACCAGCUAUGUGAAGUGUGAGUGCUUAACAUAAGUUUUUCAAGUGUUUGCUGGCUCAAUGUCAGCCAAAUAAUUGAGGCAUUUACUCGUCUGUGCAACAAACAGUAACAACAACAACUAACAAGCAAAAAAAGAAACUAACUGUUGUAAGCUUUUGGCCAACAUGUGGAGUUGGCAACGUAUGAGGCAUAAGCCACUCUGGGCCCUGAUAUCCUUGACCAUUCUGCUGCUGGUGCUGGACAAGAGUCAGGCCAACACGGAGGCGCCACCCGUUGAGUCAACAACCACAACGGAGCCAGAUGCCUCACCAGGUUGUCGAGCACCGGAUGUGCGCUUCACGAUUGUCAAACCGGAAAUCACAACGGAGCAGCCGUAUGCAAAGUUCGAGACAACGCAGGUUUAUCUGCCGGAGGAUUUCACCACCGCCGAUGUGGAAUUCGUGGAGAAGAAGCAGCAUGCGCCGAAUGAGAAUCAUGCCGCUUUUGUGAAUCCCUAUGCAAUGGACUUUGGCGAGGAUGCACAUCAUCACAAUCUGCAUGCGGCGGAUGCGGCGGCGAGUCUCGUCGAUGACACCGCCAUGGCCGACGACGAGGAUGAGCUGCACGGCGCCGAGCUGGAGGAGGGCGCCUACAAGCGACUCAACACCAACCGCAAGCAGGGCAAGAAGCGACGUUCCGGCUCCGGACGCAGACGUCGACUGGAGAACGAGAACGGACAGACCGGACGUGUGCGUGGCAGUCGCUACAAGCGUCAUGCCAUACUCCACGACGAGGAGGCGUCGGCGGACACGGAUCGCUGGGCGGGCAGCAAACUGGCAGCCGAUGGCGAUGUCUACUAUGUGCACAUUGCGGACAUACUCAAGUCCAGGGAGCCCAAUCGACAGCUGCGCGCCAAGCUGCACAAGCUGAAGCAGAAGGCGCGUUUGAAUAAAUGCCUAGCCGGCAGUGUGAAUGAGAAGUGCAAGAAGUUGCUGGAGAAGCUGAAGAUCAAGCAGACAGAGGAGCAGGCGGAGAAGCAGGCGGAGAAGCAGGCGGAGACAGAGCAGAAGACGGAGAAGGAGACAGAGACGCAGACGGAGACGGAGAAGGAGUCGGAGCAGCUGCAUUAUCGUCGUCGCGGUGACAGUCACGCUGCUGAGCUCGACCAGCGUGACUUGGAACCGCAUUGGCAACGACAACGUUCGCGUCAGCGUCGUGCUGUUGCCAAAGGCGAUGCCGGACAGCUGGACAGUGAGCAGCUGGUUCAGCUGGUCCAGCUGGAGGAGAUUGGAAAUCAGUCGAGCAGUGCAGCAGUGGCCCUGCAACGUGUAAAGCGCAAGUCGGGCAAGACCACGGGUGCACUGAGCCGUCCGAAAGGUGGUGGCGAUUCCAGCUCAAAGACCACCAGUCGCAAGGACAAGGGCAUCUAUGAUGAGGAGACCGGCUAUCCGCCCGUUCACACCGAUGACACUGAGUUCGACGAGGAUGAGGAGGAGGAGGAAGAGAUCGAUAUAUUGCAACAGUUCACCGAGGUAUCCGAAAUACGUUUCCCGGGAGAAAUUGGACCCAUGGGCGAUCGACGAUUGUGCAAGAUACGUUGUGUCAAGGGCAAGUGGGUGGGGCCAUUGUGUGCCACCAACGAGGAGGAUGAUAACGGCAACGUGAAGUUUCAGCCGCUGUAUAAGAGCUGCCAUGUCAAUCGCAUUCCGACUCAUCUGCUGCUCAGCUAUCGCAACAUCUCCGUGACACCGAUACCACCAAAUCGCGGCUGGCGUAAAACGCGUUUAUCCAAAUCGACACUUGUCUCAAACACAGAAAUUAACGUGGGCUGGGAUCUGCCACAUGGUCACUCGCUGCAGGCCCGCUGCCAGGAGCUGGGCAUCUACAAGCUGCUGGGAGAGUCGCGUGUCCUCUGCUCGAAUGGAUUGUGGGCACCACGCAUGCCCAGCUGUGUGCCGACCACCAUUCUGACCAACUACUCCGAGGACAGUGCUCCCUCCAUCCGUGUCAAGAUCUUCAAUGGCUCCCACUCCUUUGAGCCCUCCGGCGUGAUGGCUGUACCGCCACAUAGCACCGUUCAAAUGGAUUGCAUGUAUCCGAGGGUGAGAGGUACUCCCGAAUGGAGCUGGACCAGCUGGUAUAUGCAGUACAGCACAGGCUGGUCACCCGCUGGGGAGGAGAAGGCGGUUCGUUAUCGUCUGACCAUCAAGAAUAUCGAGAACAAUGAUUCGGGCACCUUCACCUGCACCUCACCGCGUGGCUUGACAAACAGCAUUGCCGUGGUGGUGGCCACUUCGACAUGCCCGCAGCUAAUGGAACCGAUGGCGCCGCUCAGGCUGCGACUCGAGGGCAAUAAGUUGGGCCAGCGAGCGCUAUAUGAGUGCCCCGAGGGUUUUAGGCUGGAUGGCGCAUGGAAUGCCACCUGCCUGGCCUCAGGCAAUUGGUCAUCGCCAUCGCCAACAUGCCAUCCCAUUCAAUGUCCACGUCUCGUCCUUGACGAUCCCCAUCUCAGUCUCAUCGAGCUCAAUACAUCGGCAUGGGGGCGGGCGGUGUUCAAAUGCCAAUGGGGAUUCAAGCUGACCGGACCGGCGCUGCUGGACUGUGAGCCGACGGGUGUCUGGAGUGGCCCAGUGCCACGCUGCAAAGUCAUCCAGUGCGUAAUGCCAAUUGCUCCGCUUAAUGGACGCAUUGGAGGCACCAGCCUGAGCCAGCGUCGUUUAACAGUUGGCGCUCUGGUCACAUUCAGCUGCAACGAUGGCCACACUCUGGUCGGCGAGUCGAGCAUCAUAUGCACGGAGAACGGGUUCUGGUCGCACUCGCCACCAUUUUGCAAAUCGCAGUGUCCCUAUCCGGGUGAUCCCCCGAACGGCCUAAUCGCUCCACUUAAAUUCAACUAUGAUGCGGGCGAUUAUCUGAGCGUCCAAUGUCGGCCCGGCUUCAUACAGAUCCAGACGAACGAGGAUCACACCACGGGGCCGCCCGAGCGGCCAAAAUGUCAGCCAGAUGGCAAGUGGUCAGGCCCGUUGCCCAAAUGUCGCAGCUACGAGGAAGUGUAGCUUUCCCAAUCCAACACCACCACCACCUCCACCAUCACCUUCACCACCAACAAUAAUGUCAACCAAGGAUGAGGAAUUUCUAGGCCUGGCUAAAGCUGGAGCUGGAGUCGAGUUAGUCGCAGUCCAAGUCCACUUUGAAGUUACUUUCCAUCGAGUUGGCAGUCCCCGAUUAAGUAUUAUGUAACCAUUACUUGUAUACAAUUUUGUGGAAGAUGAAAUGAAAACAACAAAAGCAAAUGUCGAAAAAACCCGAGUGAUAUUUAGAUUAACUUAGUGAGAGGUAUCAAAAUUAAUUAAUUAAUAUAAUUCUAAUUGUCGAAUAUUUUGUAUUGGCCCUAAUUAAACUUCAACUUGAAAUCACUCGCAGAUUUACCUAACAUAUGUACUUUAUCUUAUCUACUCUAUAACUCAAUCUUCAAACUAUGUAAAUCUCUUCUAGGCCCACUUAAAAUUUCAGAGAUUUCCACGAGAGAGGUUCUUAAGUGCUAAACGAUAUGAUAAUGUUAUUAUGAGAACAUGACAAACCUGAGCAAAAUGUAACAUAAAUAUAAAUGUUAAAUGUUGAUAAACGAAUUCAAAUUAUUUGUCACUUUUCUUUGUGAGUUGCUUUAUGAACUUUUCAAAUAAUAUUCGAAUUUUUCGCUUGAAUUAAAAAAUACAAAAAAAAUUGAAUACCUAUAUAUACUUAUAAUCGACAGUUAAUUACAGGUAUUCAAAAGAUUAUAAGCCAGACAAAUUCGUAGUUAAUUAUCUUAUAAUACUCUUAUACUUAUACUCCAUCUGUACUUAUGUAAAGCUCAAAAUGAUAUAAGAGUCAGAGUUAUAAAAGUUAAUUGAUAGAUUGAUUGAUUGGUUAGUUAGGUGCAGAGCAGUUCCAAAAUGCAAACGAAAGUCAUAUCUCCCUCAAUAAUAAGUAAUACUUAUAUAUAUAGAUAUAUAUAAUUAAGAUGUGUAUGUAUGACGAGCAUGUGUAUGUACGAGUCUGUAAGCAACUGCAACAGUGAGGAAACUAACUUUUAAAUAAAAA